AACCAAGGUCACAGAGACUACAGCAUCUCCCGUGCGUCUCCCCACACUGCCUACCUCCCUAUUGUCAACCUUGCCCCUUCUUUCUUUUAUGUCCCCCUCCCUACCUCCCUGCUGUGUCCCCUCAUCUCCCCCACCCUGCCUUCCUCACCUCAGCUGAUAGCCAGUCAUGCUGCCUCGUCUCGCAUUCAGUGUGUAUCACGCGCCUCUCUCGGUGCUACUGCCUGCUACUCUAUCAUGGGUACUCUCGGGAGGCAGGUGACCCGGGGGGGAAGCCUCUGGGCCUCCAGAUAUACUGCCUCUUCCUCUACACGUGUCUCCACCUACUCCAGCACCCGUGACUCCCAUAGCAAGGUGGGUCGAGUGGAAGCCCUGAGAGCCAUCAACCCUCUCCCAUUCUCUGCCUUCCUCACAGACUCCUUUGGGCGUGAACAUUCCUAUCUGAGAAUUUCUCUCACUGAAAAAUGUAACCUAAGAUGCCAGUACUGCAUGCCAGAGGAGGGGGUGAGUCUGACACCAAAGGAUAGCUUGCUCACCUCAGAGGAAAUACUGAGGAUAGCACGGCUGUUUGUGUCAGAGGGAGUGGACAAGGUGCGGCUGACAGGAGGCGAGCCAAUGGUCAGGAAGGACCUCACACACAUUGUUGAGUCGUUGUCAGGACUGGGUGUCAAGCAGCUGGGCAUGACUACCAACGGCCUGCUGCUCAAGAGGCGUCUCAAGGACCUGCAGUCAGCCGGCCUCACACACCUCAAUGUCUCCCUUGACACACUCAUCCCACAAAAGUUUGAGCUGAUCACUCGGCGCCGGGGGUGGGAGAGGGUCAUGGAGGGCAUCGAUGUGGCCCUUGACCUCGGCUACUCCCCUGUCAAGAUCAACUGUGUAGUGAUGCGAGGGAAGAAUGAGGAGGAGCUGACAUCCUUCAUGGAGCUGACGCGGCACAAAGAUAUUGAUGUGCGCUUCAUUGAGUACAUGCCCUUCGAUGGGAACAAGUGGGAUGACCGCAAAAUGGUGAGCUACAGGGAGAUGCUGAGACACCUUCAGGAGGCCUUCCCAGGGCUCACCAAGGCCUCAGACAAGCCCAAUGAUACCUCCAAGGCAUACAAGGUUCCUGGGUUUGUGGGUCAGAUCGGCUUCAUCACCUCCAUGUCUGACAACUUCUGUGGCUCUUGCAACAGACUGAGGCUGACGGCUGACGGCAAUCUCAAGGUGUGUCUCUUUGGAGCCGCCGAGGUCUCUCUCAGAGAUGCAAUGCGGAGAGGCUGUGCUGACGAGGAGCUGCUGGAGGUGGUGGGGGCAGCCGUGGGCAGGAAGAGGAGGCAGCAUGCAGGCAUGCAGAACCUGGCUAGGCUGAAGAAUCGGCCGAUGAUUCUAAUCGGGACAAAUUUGUGUGUCACUUCCACCUACACCACCACACCACUACACACAGUAACCUGUCAUACUACUGCCACAUCACAUACACCACACCACACUGCCUAUGCCACACUACACCCUGCCCUCACCACACCACACCAUGCCACAAUGCAGCCCCGAUAUGUCCACACCACCUCCACCACACACACAGACAUACCAGACCAGCCCAGCAUUUACAGAAGGCAGCAGAGGAGCAAGACUUCCAACACAGCCUCCUCUCACAUCUCUCACAGAAGGACCUUGGAUGCUUCUGGUGCUUCAGGCUCCCAGGACCACAAUGCACAAUUCUGGCACCAGUUUGGCCACCACCACCUCAUUAAUGAACCUCAAAUGGAAACAGAGGAUCAGGGUGAGGUGAAAGUUAAGAGAUUAAUAACUACUGCCACAGAAAUGAACCUGAGUGAAGUUGACUGUGGAAUAGAAACACAAGAUCAGAAUAAUGUGAAAGUUCAGAGUUCAGUAACCAACGAAAAUGAGAACCUGAGUGAAAAUGACCCUGGAAUAGAAACGCUGGACCAAAACAAGAUGAAAAUUCAGGAUUCCUUCACUAUAGAAGCAAGUAAAGCAAGGAAGCCAGAAGGAAAUGACAAAGAGAGAACAGAAGCAACACACAACCCAUCCCAGCCCAGCACCCUCACACACGUCACCACCUCAGGAGAAGCACGGAUGGUGGACGUGAGUGGCAAGGCCGUGACGCGCCGGGAAGCCGUGGCACGUGCCAAGGUGUCCCUGGGAGCUGUGGCCUUCCAGCUGGUGAAGGAAAACAAGGCUAAGAAGGGAGAUGUUCUUGGCGUGGCACAUGUUGCAGGAAUCAUGGCAGCUAAGAGGACAUCUGAGCUUAUCCCCUUGUGCCACUCCCUUCCUUUAGACAAGGUGGAGGUUAACUUAAUGCUGAGAGAGAGCCAGGGAGAUGAGGUGUCAGAGAUUCCAGUGUCAGAGCAUGUAGUGGUGAUAGAGGCCAGGGCAGUGACGACCGGACGCACGGGAGUGGAAAUGGAGGCACUGGUAGCAGCAUCUGUGGCAGCGCUCACUGUGUAUGACAUGUGCAAGGCAGUGUCCCAUGCCAUCACCAUAUCACAGGUGCGCCUCGUCUCUAAGUCAGGUGGGAAGAGUGACUACUUUGCCAGGGGGUGAUUGUGUGUGUGUGUGUGUGUGUGGCCUUGGUGAGAGAAAUUCAGUGUGUUUUUGUUAUUGUUUGAUAUUAGGAGAGUGAUUGCUUAUGUGUGCGAGAGAGAGAGAGAGUGUGUUCAUUUUAUACUUUUCACCACUUCAGUAGUGUGGU